GCGAGGGCGCGUGAGGCUGCAGCUGCGCGCGCGUGUCGGACGCCGAGCGGCGCCUGUGUCGUGUAGAGUCGACCGAGGCUACUCGAGUGGAGUUGACCGAGGCUUCAGAAGCCGCUGACAGGUGCACUCGGACAGCUCAGUCGUAGCCAGUCAUUAUGAGCCGGGCGAUGAAGCAAAGCACCCGGUCCACACUGCACAUCGGCUUCGGCGUUCUCGGUCUGCUCUCCUUCCUGCUCGUGCUGUUCUUCAACUACAGCACAUCAAACCAGAACCUAGGUCUUUUCUAUCAACCGACGGGGAACAUCUCCAACAAAUAUGAGGUAUUCAUUACCCCAUCCAGUUGGACGUUCAUCAUAUGGGCUGUUAUCUACACGUGGAUGGCAGUCGCACUGAUCUAUGCACUGUCCCAGCUGUGCCGGCGCACAGAGCAGGGCCCGCUCUAUCUGAACCCGGUGACGGUGCCGGUGCAGUUCUGGCUGCUGUUCGUGCUGAACCAGGCGCUGAACAUCAGCUGGCUGUUCGUGUGGGACCGCGAGCUGCUGACGGCGGCGGCCGUCUUCCUCGCCCUGGUCGUCAUCACCAACUGGCUGGCCAUGUACACACUUCACGCCAGGCUGUACGUGGACGGGUCACCACAGCCGAUGCCCAGUGCCCGUGAACUGCUGCUGCUGCGGCUUUGCGUACACAACGGCUUGGCGGUCUACACGGCCUGGACGACCGUGGCGGCGCUGCUCAACCUGGACAUCGCCCUGGUGCACGUGGGCCAGGCGUCCAACGAGGUGUCCAGCGCCGCCAUAGCUCUGGUGCUGGCCGCCAUUAUUGUUUCAUGGCUCAUUCUGGAGGUCACGGUAUUGGACCGCUACACGCGCUGGACGCUCUCGCCCGGCUUCACUCUGGUGUGGGCGCUGGCCGGCGUGUUCGACAAAAACUACGAGCGCGCCUCGGGCGCCAUGCCGACAGUGUUGGCGGUGGUGCUGGGCGUGGCGCGACGAUGGUAG